GUUUAAAUUCCAGACCAUAUUGGAGCGCGGGAAUACCCAAAAAAUCAGCUGCUGCUUAGGAGACCGUCGCAACGCAACCCAAGCCACAACGACGUACGAUCGACUAACAGGAGAGAGAAAGGAGGAGAGAAAUGGCUCCCAGGAAGCGAAAGGCGACGGUCGGCAACGAGGGGGAAGCCAACCCUCUAGGUCAAGAGACGUCGAAGAGGGUGACCCGGAGCAUGACAAAGCCGCCGGGUGACGAGUCUUCCGAGUUGGCUCAGCGCAACAAGGAGAAACCCAAGGCAAAAGCGAACGCAAGUGCCAAGGAGAAGAAAGUCAAGGUGGCUGUAGCUGUGGAGGAGGCUGCGCCUGAGGACUUGACCGUCUCUGAAGAUGGGUCCCACAAUAAGACUGUAGUAGUCGAACACUGCAAGCAAUGCAACUCGUUCAAGACAAGGGCUGUUCAAGUCAAAGAUGGUUUGGAGAAAGGUGUCCCUGGCAUCAAAGUGUUGCUCAACCCUGAAAAGCCAAGAAGAGGUUGCUUUGAAAUACGAGAGGAAGGUGGCAAGAAGUUCAUAAGUCUGCUGGACAUGAAGCGACCAUUUAAACGAAUGAAGGACCUCGACAUGGAGAAGGUGAUCUCGGAUAUCGUUGACAAGAUUAACUGAUGAGGACCAUGUGUGCAUAGAACUGGAAGUAUGUCCUGAUUGUUACAGUGACAGCAUUUUGUGGUUUUACCAGAUUAACUUGCCAUGUGGAAAAGGAGGGCUCGGAAAAAAAAAAGGAAAGAAAAACUUCAUUUUGUGUAUUAUUUAUAGUUCUUGAUCAUUCAAUGUGUCAGCAGAUGAUUUUACAUUCAUAGGUAUUGUGGAUAUUGUUAGCUGGUGGGCUUGUAGAAGAUUCCAAGUAAUACUGCUUCCGAAGCAACCUGGAUCUGUAUUCUUGUUUAUCUUUCUGUAACCGCAUUAACCUUUUAAUUUUUUCCA